AAAGCAAAACAAAACCGCAGUUUUGCCUUCCAAAAUCGAAAACCAACGGUUUUUAGCACGCGAGUGAUUCCAAUAACGCAAUUAAUUUCGGUGGCAUUGUGUAAUGUGAGUCUUAUUGUGGCUGAAAUGGCAGAUGAUAGUUUUGAUUUCAACAUAUCAAAGUUCCUUGCCGAACAGAAACAGUUGCUCGCGUUGGAACGGGAACGCUUUGCUACGGAAAAAAUUAAAAUUCUAGAGCCGGGAAAUGUGAUGCGGGAUUCUCCAGAAGGACCUGUUACAGUGGGUGGUGAGGAGCAGGUGAUCAAUUCGAGUGGCAAGGUUGAGAAAAAUCAUUUGAAUUCAAAGCUGGUUUUGGAGGAAAAUCGCCAAUAUGGGACGAAAGAAUCAACGUGUGAUGUCGAGGAAAGAGGGCGUAGCCCCGGAAGUGAUAAGGAGAAUCGGUCGGACAUUGUUUACCGAAAGGAGACGGUCGUUGACGUUGAAGAGUGCCCGGCUGAGAAAUUACUGUUUGGAAAGAGUGUAGAUAGUGUGGUGACUGGCGCCAAAGAUCCUAGAGCAAAAAAGGAAAAAGGGACACAGAGUAUACAUGACGAAGCGGUAUCCUCGCCGAAGCAACAGGAUGAAAUGGAAAAGUGGGUUUCGGACACCUUCUACUCUUACUUCCCUAGUUUCAACAAGAUCGAGAACGAUAAGAAAUCGAUGCUGUCCCGCGCCCGCCAAGCCGACUAUCAGGAAUAUCUGAAAAAUGUAAAUCACUUAGCAAACGUGAUCCCACAAGUUACCACCAAACACCAGCAGUACAUGGAAAAGUACGGCGACCAAGCCGCCCAGACCCAGACAGCUACCGAGAAGGGAACCAACACCGGCAUCAACCCACCGGCACCAGCCACCAAGCACUACCUGAGCCCAACUGCCCAAACUAGCAGCCCCAGCCAGAUCCCGACCAUCCGGAAAACGUUGGCCAGUGACACGGGAGCUGGGUCCUACGUGCGCAAAGGUAGCCCCCGCGAAAAGCACAUGCAAGAUCUGGUCCACACUGACCUCUCUGCCAUUCUCAAUACAGACACCGUCGACCGGCGCAACAGGAUGUUAGCGGAAGAGGAGAGUCGACGCAAGUUGGAGUACCAAAAAGAACUGAUCAAACAGAUCGAGGAGAAGCGGAAGGAGGUCGAACGAUUGCGGGAAAAGGAGAAACUAGAGGAAGAGAUGCUGACCAGCCGUUUAGAGCAACAACUAAAAACCAUGCAACUUGAGGAAGAAUUGGAAAGGGAAAAAAUGCGAUCCGAAAAGAUUCGCAUUGCUAACGAACAGAACCACAUUCGACGCCUGCAGCUGUUGUCCAAGCUGGAAAACGAUCACAAAGUCUUCAACCCGUACGACGACCAACGGAAAACCCUGUCCGAAAACGGCAAAGAGGUCUACCUGGACCCUCUACAGCAAAAACCGGAAAAAGAGAAAGUCUACCGCUACUUCAGCAACUCUGCCCAAAACGAAAAAGCUUCCAGUUUCACGCCCUCCACACUAUCCUCCGAACUAGACUACGAUUCUUCCAGCGAAUCCAUGGGUUACGAACGCUAUCAGUUUUGCAAAAACUGUCGCGCUGACAUCGACCGAUCCUUUCUUCCACAACACCAGCGAUAUCAUCGUCAGCACGCACAUCAGCAUCAUCUUCAUCAUCCGUCUACAAAACCCCCCAGAAAAGAAGCCAACGAGCUCUGCGUUAGUUGUCACAAACGUAUAGAACAACUUUGCACCAAUUGCAACCGCGCAAUGAAGCGAUCUUCCAAACGAACCCUCUGCACAAUCUGCCACCAAGCGCUGGAAAACAGCCGUCUUCAGAAAGCUGCGCAAUCCGAAUUGAAGCGGCAACGGGCGAAGUUACUCCGCUCCAUGGAGCUUCUAGAGGAUGAAGACCUAGCGCAACCUGCUUCACCCGAAUCCCCACCACCGAAUCCGUACAAAAUCAUCGACAUUCAGUACCACGAAAGCGAGAACGAUCAUGAUCUGGCCGUUCUCAAUCCCGUAAUCGUGCGGAACAACUACAAAAAACCCUACUCGCUCAACAUCGACAAGGACUCGCUCUUCCAUCCCAGCAAGAAAACUCCGGACCCAAAGGUGUCCGUCAACAUCCGAAACGGGGAAGUGUUCGUGGACAACAAACUGAACGGGACGCCCAAGCCGCAGCAUCAUCCAGCUAACCUGCGCGAUGAAGACACCGAUGAAUUGACCACCGACGAAAUGGACCAACGGAUAUCCAAGUACGUCCAGCACUACAACACCCUCUGGAUGAAGCGCGGCACCCGCAAGAACAAUCUCAUCUCGCAGAAGAAUGCCAACCUGGUGAAUAUGUCGACGGCGGGACCGAAGGCUACCAGUCCGCUGGGGAGCAACAAUUUGGGGCCGCUUCCUACGCUUUCACCGCCGAAAGUGUACGUUAGCGAUCGACCGGACAAUCUGAAGAGCGAAGCCAUGAAAACCACCGAGAAGAAAUGGGAUAUUCCCGCCGUGCAGCGCACGAUGGUAAGUCCCCGGUCACCGCGGGUCUUGACGCAACUGGGCGCCAUACGUAAACAACUGCAACUGGAGCAGCUGAAGAUGGAUCAGCGAGAGGACGAUUAGCAUAGCCAAGUGAAUUUAUUUUCCGGGAGAGGAAUUUAUCCAGUUUGUGCCUUUUUACUACGAACAGAAACCGUCCAUGCCUCACUCUUUUUAAUAUUACAAUACAACUUCUGGGCAAUAUCUAUUAUAGACUGUAAAACAGUAAAAUUUAUUUCUAAGACAUAGUUUUCUGUUACAAAAGUGCAAGAGAUAAAACUGAACAUAUCGUUAAAACCGGUCAAUCAAC